UCGGUUGCCGUAGCAGUCAUGUCUGGCAGAGGCAAAGGCGGGAAGGGGCUCGGCAAGGGGGGCGCCAAGCGCCACCGUAAGGUGCUGCGCGACAAUAUCCAGGGCAUCACCAAGCCGGCCAUCCGCCGCCUGGCGCGGCGCGGCGGCGUGAAGCGCAUCUCGGGGCUGAUCUACGAGGAGACUCGCGGCGUGCUCAAGGUGUUCCUGGAGAACGUCAUCCGCGACGCCGUCACCUACACCGAGCACGCCAAGAGGAAGACGGUCACGGCCAUGGACGUGGUCUACGCGCUCAAGCGCCAGGGACGCACCCUCUACGGCUUCGGCGGUUCCUCUGGUCAGGCGCUCUCCUACCAAGAGACGUGCAAGGCGCCCAUUGUGCUCUCAGCAGUUCCCAGACGCUGGGAGCAACAUUCCUUGAAUCGCAGAGACCCGCAGGCACCUGGGUACCAGCGCUGUGCUGCUUUGGCGCGCUUUUUGAAUUUGAAAGUGUCCAAUAAAAAAGGGGUCUCCGAGCCAGCCAAUCAGAGGGGGGGAGCAUACUAUAAAGUCAGCCACGGAUGCAGCGCGCUACUAUUCCUCUGCGGUGUUGCACGGGUGUUGCUUUGUUGUUUCAGAGCGAUGGCGCGUACGAAGCAGACGGCGCGUAAGUCGACAGGCGGGAAGGCGCCCCGCAAGCAGCUGGCCACCAAGGCGGCCCGCAAGAGCGCGCCGGCCACGGGCGGCGUCAAGAAGCCGCACCGCUACCGGCCCGGCACGGUGGCGCUGCGCGAGAUCCGGCGCUACCAGAAGUCCACGGAGCUGCUGAUCCGCAAGCUGCCCUUCCAGCGCCUGGUGCGCGAGAUCGCGCAGGACUUCAAGACCGACCUGCGCUUCCAGAGCUCGGCCGUCAUGGCGCUGCAGGAGGCCAGCGAGGCCUACCUGGUGGGGCUCUUCGAGGACACCAACCUAGUUGAGGCUAUCAGAAUGUCUGGCAGAGGCAAAGGCGGGAAGGGGCUCGGCAAAGGGGGCGCCAAGCGCCACCGUAAGGUGCUGCGCGACAACAUCCAGGGCAUCACCAAGCCGGCCAUCCGCCGCCUGGCGCGGCGCGGUGGCGUGAAGCGCAUCUCGGGGCUGAUCUACGAGGAGACGCGCGGCGUGCUCAAGGUGUUCCUGGAGAACGUCAUCCGCGACGCCGUCACCUACACCGAGCACGCCAAGAGGAAGACGGUCACGGCCAUGGACGUGGUCUACGCGCUCAAGCGCCAGGGACGCACCCUCUACGGCUUCGGCGGUUAAACUCGACUCCGAUUUCGGCAACCCAAGCUCUUUCGGAAACCCAAAGGCUCUUUUCAGAGCCACCCACUGCUUUCAAAGAAAGGGCUGUCACCAUGCCUGA